CCGUCGGGCGACAACAAUGACCACUCGACGCCGCCAGCGCGACAGCAUUUAUCGAUUUUCACCAGCCCCAGCGGAGGAGCGCUAGGAGCAGCAGUCAAGCCAAAGUCCAGCCUCGCAGACCCACUGGGUCGGAUUAAACGGCCUUCACAUGAGCAUGCUAGGAUUUGUCUACCUGGUUCUCAUCCUGGGCUGGAUACUGAUCGUUCUGUUCCUGAAGUGCAAAAAGUCCUUGGCCGCUCCAUUUCGGUUUGGCGAGAACUACACCGAUGCCAUCGCCGAUACGGAACGUCGCCCAUCGGUCCACGUUAUCCAGUUGCAGCACGAUGAUGUGGAGCGCGAAGAUCACUAUAUGAACCAUUUCCACCAAAACACGGAGAAUCUGCAGCGCUACUCGCAUCGCUCGCAACGUUCCACGCUGGAGGAGCGGACGAUCGAGCGGACAUAUCCCACGGAUGCGGUGAUAAAUCCUGCCUAUAUGCACGACGAGGACUACGUGAUCAAUGCACCUCCUCCGUCCUACGAGGAAGUGAUGCGGCAGCCGCAGGUGUAUCCACAGGUGCGCCACAACAACCACAAGAUCAGCGAUGCUGACAUCUAGCCUAGUUAUGCCAAUGAU